GUUCAAGGGUGCUAAGAACAUAUUGCUGACGCCAUCUGACGCUGUCUUUUACAGAGUGGGGUAUCUUCUAACGCUUUUAAUGGAAAACCACUGAUUGGACUACACGAGCGUUACUAAAUUACUAGCGUUACGUUAGGACGCGUUACGUGGGCGUCAGGCUUUUCUAACGUCGGUGUCGACGCUAAUGGCGCAGCGCUAGUAACGCCUUGCCUGACUACACAAGACGCUGAUGGCAGCCAGCUGCUAGGACGGCAACAAAUAGGCUAGACUUCUGGGGCUCUACAAUAGGUGAUAUCGGGGUUCAGAUGCCACUCUACAGCCAGUACCACGAAAGAAAGCACAAGAGAUGUUCGACACGGACAAAUUUAUUUGUGAGGUUGAAAGCAGGCCGGCAUUAUAUAAUGUCAAACUGAAAGAUUAUAGCAACAGAGAAACGAAAGCCAAGUGCUGGGCUGAAAUAGGGAUGGCAAUGUUCAAAGACUGGAAUGACAAGACGGAAGAGGAAAAAAAUAUAAAAGGUAAAGAGCUGAUGAAAAAGUGGAAGACGCUGAGAGACAACUUUGUGAGAGAUUAUAGAAUACAGAGCGAGACAAAAAGUGGAGAGCCUGCAUCUAAGAAGAAACGUUACAUUUACUUUGACCAGCUACUGUUUCUUAUUCCAAUUAUUAGUGAAGGAAAGGAAAGAACAACCAAUAUAUUGCCCAUUUCUGAUGACUCUGAGGUCAUUCAUGACAACCCGGGAACAAAUGAUGCGAUUCAUGAUGAAGAUGCAGGAAAUAUCUCACAAGGUACUAAGGUUAUCGAAGGAGAUGGAACAGUAUUCACUGGAAAAAACAUAAUGAAGUCAAGGAGCAGAAAACCACCAAAAAGUGAUAACAUCUUGCUAUCCGCUACAAUGAGAUUCACUGAUAUUUUACAAGAAAGUAUAUCAUUGCAACGGGAUGAGAGGACUAGUGAUAGAUUUGGAAACAAGCCUUUCCUCCAGUCGUUCGUUCCAGUUUUGGACAAUUUGCCACAUCACUUGCAAAUAAAAGCAAGACUUAAGAUAGCAGAAGUUAUUGAUGGUCUAAUUUCAGGCAAUUCUGCAUCAGCUACUCAUGAUUGGACAUACCCUCAGAGUGAAACACCUUAUGUUUCUGACAGUUCACACCUGAAGACAAUGGAACAGCUAAUAGAAGAGGUACGGAAAUAUCCGUGUAUCUACGACAUGACUACCGAAGGUUACCGGGACAAUACCAUGAGGGACAAUUGCUGGGAGGCUAUAGCAAGGAGCCUUCAAAAGGACUGCAGAUCAAUUAAAUAUGAUUGGAAAAGGCUCCGAGACUCUUUUUGUCAAGCACUUGCUCGCCAAAAGACAAUAAGUGGCCAAGCAGCCAAGAGCCGCAAACCCUGGCGCUACGAGAACCAAAUGAAAUUUUUAAUUCCAUUUAUGUUCUCAAGAGAGACCAGCACAAAUAUCGAGGACGUGCAGAUAGCUGAAGAAGAAGACUGCGAUAGCAAUGAACCCAUGACACCUGAAAUGCAAGUCCCAGUGUCUGCUGUUCCUUCCACUUCCAAUGAAGAUGUUUUUCCAGCCAAGAGGAAGUGUCCUCACAUCACCGAUGUCGAAAAGGUCAUCAAUUACUUUCAAGAGAAAAAAGGAAGUCCUGCAAAGAAGGAUGACUUGGAUCUUUUUUUCAUGAGUGCAUGCCAGUCAACAAAAGCACUAACUCGCAGGAUGCAAAAUAAGGUGAAGAAAGACAUUUUAGAAAUCCUUGUGCGAGCAGAAGAGCAAGAGGAAAUGGAAACUUUUGAAUACAUACCCUCACCAUUCCCAUCCCCAUGUGAAGAUACAUAGUAGUUUUAUUUGUAGAAACUUCUGAAUAAACCUAUUUU